AAAACAAUUCCUUUUUUGCUCAGUUUCCUUUCGUACUCGACGCGGUUCAGCUCGUGAAAUAAACAUAAGAUUUUUUAUUCGAUGGCGUAAAAUCGUCAGUGAUUAAGUGCAAUAAUUUUACCUGACCACGGCUCCCAACGAACCAGGAGCAUCAUGACCGAUUCGGAUGACAGCGCUUCCCGGUUUUCGGACCUAUACAAGAACAAAUCCCGCGGCCGGGAGCAGCACCAAUCGGAACGUCGACGCACUCUUCUCGAGGAACAAAAACGUCUUCGCCAGACGGAAGUGGACAAUUCCCGCCCGGGCUUACUGGAACUGAUCGAAGCGGAGGGCACAGAUUCGGAAUGCUCGUCGGAUUAUCCGACACAGCGGUACCGGCGCAAAGUUUGGUUCAGCAAACUGUACCGCGAUAAGGUGCAACUUUCCGAGUGGAUGUACGAAAAGCCGGAUGAUCUGGACAGUUGGUUCCUGGUGCCGUGCCCGGUUGGAAUCCGAUGUCUGCUGGUGCUGAGGAAAGGCUAUGCCGUUGCCUACGGGAAAACCGGCCGAUCGAUAACACGGUUCGCCACCCGGCUGGGUAAGAGGCACUGCGUGACGGUUCUGGACUGUUUCCUGACCAAGAAGAGAAUUUUUUACGCAUUGGAUAUGCUAGUCUAUAAGGAAAUGGAUCUGGUGCAGUGCGAGUGCGAGUUUCGGUUCCAAUGGCUGCGAUCCAAAAUGGAGGAAGAAAAUAUGCAGGAGCGGUUUUGUACGGGUACAACACCGGAGAAUCGGUGGCAGCUGGAACUGCUACCUGUGUUCGAUUUUAAGGCAAGGGACCAGGUUGAGGAGGGCUUAUCUAGGUACCCCAUGUUCAACGACACCGGUUUGGAUGGAUUUUUGUUUUACCACAAAGAGUCGAACUACAUCUACGGUCGAACGCCGCUGGUGACGUGGCUGUUUCCUUUCAUGGUUCCUGAUGUGCUCGGGAGCGAAUGGGGCCACGUUAUGCAUCAUAAGUACCUACAGCAGAAGCCCAACGGUUACCAAGAGCAGGGGUACCGGGCCUACAUGGACGAGUUUGACGCGAAGCUGCAGAAUAAACAAUCUCAAAGAACCAGUGCACAAGUUAGUCACAUGGAGGAAGGCGAAGAUGAGGUAAGGCAGGGAGGGGAUGUGGCUUCUUGGGAGAAGAUGGAUGCGGUUCCUGUCGGAGGAGACGAUGGUUAUGCGGACGAAGACUGGCAGCGUAAAGAGUUGGACGAGAUAAGGCGGCUCGAAAUGGAGGGGUAGAACACCAGGUGUGUGACGAUUUGCUAGCGAUUAUUGACUAAUAAUUUUAUUGAUUAUAACUAA